GCAGGGCGGGCGGGCGGACGGACGGGCGGGCGAGCGGCGCUGCAAAGUCCGGAGCGGGCGGCGGGCCGGGAGCACAGCAGCCGCCGCCUCUGCAGACCCAGCAUGAACAUGGACAAGCGCAUCCACCUCGAGCUGCGGAACCGGACGCCCUCCGACGUGAAAGAGCUUGUUCUGGACAACUGCCGCUCCUUCGAGGGCAAGAUCGGGGGCCUCACGGAGGAGUUCGAGGAGCUGGAGUUCCUGAGCAUGAUCAACGUGGGCCUCACCUCUGUCGCCAACCUGCCAAAGCUCAACAAGCUCAAGAAGUUUGAAUUAAGUGACAACAGAAUCUCAGGGGGCCUGGAAGUCUUGGCAGAAAAGUGUCCGAGCCUCACACACCUGAAUCUCAGUGGCAACAAAAUCAAAGACCUCAGCACGAUAGAGCCGCUGAAGAAGUUAGGAAGCCUGAAAAGCCUCGACCUCUUCAACUGUGAGGUGACCAACCUGAACGACUACCGGGAAAACGUGUUCAAGCUCCUCCCGCAGCUCACGUACCUGGACGGCUACGACCAGCACAACACGGAGGCCCCCGACUCGGACGCCGAGGGCUACGUGGAGGGGCUGGACGACGACGAGGAGGAGGAGGAUGCGCCCUGGUGUCCCCCUGCAGAGGAAGAGUAUGACGAGGACACUCCCACCCCUGCAGAGGAAGAGGAGGAGGAGGAGGAGGAAGAGGGAGAAGAGGAAGACGUGAGCGGAGAGGAGGAGGAGGACGAGGAAGCAUACAACGACGGGGAGGUCGAGGACGAGGACGAAGAGGAGGAGCUUGGCGAAGAAGAGAAAGGUCAGAAGCGGAAGCGGGAGCCUGAGGACGAGGGUGAAGAGGACGACUAGAGCCCGCUGUCCAUCUGUCCGUCUGCCCGGACAGAAAUCUCUGUGAUUUGACUGUUUUUACCCCCACCCCCCUCCCCGUCUCCCCUGCCCCACCCACCACCUCCCCCCCAAAAAAAAAAAAAAACAACUUUUUUUCUGAUUGUAAACGUUACCUUGGGCACCAGAGAGGAACCGUGUGUGGGGGCCGGAGGGAGGGGCUGGAGGGUGGAAUAAAAGAGUAUUUUUACUGCU